CCCGCCUCCUACAGCAAUGGAGUGGCGCUCUCUAUUAGUCCUGGUCCUGGUGGCCACCUUUGCUGCCUACACCGACGCUGCAGCUUGCUGUCGUGGUGGAGGACACCACGGUGGUGGCGGACACCAUGGUGGUGGUGGUAGACACCCUGGUGGUGGCGGUGGAGGCUUCGGUGGUGGUGGAGGCUUUGGUGGGGGUGGAGGACAUGGAGGAGGCGGUGGGUUUGGAGGAGGAAUAGGAGGAGGGUACGGCAAGUAACGAUAGUGACUUGCCUCCCAGGAAGCUGCUGAUGGUGACGCUCGUUGUGAAAAUAUCCGGCUACGAUGACACUUUGGACUCCUUCUAAAUCUCCCACAAAUCCUAACCUAUCAUUUUUGAGAUGACAAAUUUCUACCUGACCCAUAUUACUUCAACUACUCUCAUACAUAUUUUUAAUAUAAUAAUAUUUUAAUAUUUUGACAAAUAAAUUAAUAUCAGGCUA